AACUAAAUAUCUUUGAAGUACAAUUUUAAACUCAAAUAAAGUCACAAUUAUCGCAUUAUUGUUGUGAAAAUGUACAUUGUACUACACACCAAACUCCAACCCAAAAACAAAACCCUUAUAAAUACCCCCACACACAAGUAUACAACAACAACAAAAUCUUCACAUAGCACGUUAAGAAUAUCUCUAAACAAUGAACGGCAUGAGCGGAUCUUCUCCGGCGGCUCCGGCCCCUUCACCAUCAUCGUUCUUCCAACAUCGCCGCCGUCACGGUGGCAUGAUGCAUAUGACUUUCUUUUGGGGAAAAAACACGGAGGUUCUAUUCGACGGCUGGCCAGGGACCAGUCUGAAAAUGUAUUGGGUCUGUCUCGCCGCCAUCUUUGCUCUUUCCGCUGUCUCGGAGUGGCUAUCGCGGUGCGGUUUCAUGAAAUCCGGUCCGGCUAGCUUUGGGGGCGGGCUAGUUCAGACUUUGGUUUACACCGUGAGGGCUGGUUUGUCUUAUUUGGUCAUGUUGGCUGUGAUGUCGUUCAAUGGAGGAGUCUUCUUGGCUGCAAUGGCUGGUUUUGGAUUAGGGUUUAUGAUUUUUGGAAGUAGGGCUUUUAGGAACACUAGCAGUAACAGUCACACCGAGGUUCAAUCACAUUGUUGAUUUUUUUUUUUUUACAUAGUGCUUGUUGUCUUGAUCCUUUUUAUUUUUCUUGUUUCCCGUUGAAAUAAUGAUUUCGAAAAUAAAAUUUAUCAUGUUUUUUUUAUUUUUAGAUGAGUACGAUUGGAAGUUCUUUAAGCUCAUUUUAUUGUAAUCUCUAAUGUAUAAUUGUGUAAGGUCAGGACGUCAAGUCAAAUUAAUCAACUAGUAAUCAUACGCGUUACGUUGAUC